AUGACCAACACGAACGAAGGGAACCUCUUUGUGAACCAGACGGAUGUGUUCAUGGAUGCCUCCACAUACGCUGGUGAAUCACGUCAUGGGGGAAGCGAUUCUCAUAUGCCCAACUUUCUACAUGUUACUAAAACGCAUUUCAUGAGCAUGGCUUCAACACGUUCAAGGUAUGGUGAAUUCGUUCCCCCGGCCAUGCAUGGAAUGGACAUCAGCUACUAUUUCCCCAGCACUAGUCCAAUCACUAGUCCAAUCACCUUACAGAACCCUCGCUUCUCUGCCGCGUUCUCGCAAUCAUUCUUGUCUUUCGUGUUCUCUCUGAAUCCCCAUAAUAAAAUUAACCCUCGGGAAGAUAUAACCCCACCUUGGCCAAUGUACCCGAUUGCAGACAUGGGGAUGGUGUUCAAUAAGACGGCUGUUGGGAAUGGAAACGAUGUCCACCCAGUCCAAGUGGAUGAUGGCCUACUUCAACGAUGCAGCUUUCGGGAGAGUCUGGGUGCUCUGACUGGACAAUGA